CAGCCGACCCGUUUGAAGAAGACGCGCAAACUUCGUGGACACGUGUCUCACGGACACGGACGCAUCGGUAAACACCGUAAACAUCCCGGAGGUAGAGGUAAUGCCGGUGGACAACAUCACCAUCGGAUUCAUUUCGAUAAAUACCAUCCCGGAUACUUCGGCAAAGUGGGAAUGAGGACCUUUCACCUCAAGAAGAAUAGUCUGAAGCACUACUGCCCGACCAUUAAUGUGGAGCAGAUCUGGGCUCUAGUGGGCGACAAAAUGCGAGAGCACUACAAGGCCAGCACCGAUGGAAAGGCACCCGUCGUCGAUGUCAUCAAACACGGAUAUUUCAAAGUGUUGGGCAAAGGAAGGCUUCCCAAACAGCCGCUUAUAGUGAAGGCCAGGUUUUUCAGUAAAAGCGCUGAACAGAAGAUUAAGUCCGUCGGCGGCGCCUGUGUUCUCACGGCUUAGUUGUGUUGAACUGAAUUUGAUUUAUUAAGUAAUAAAUGAAUGUUUCUUAAAAUAAAUUGACGUUUAUUUAAACAAUA